UCAGCUGAUCGGAAGUGCAAUCGAUAGCUGCUUGUUUGCUCAAACCUGUGACGGGAAGCGAUGGCUGAGGCCAUAGCAGAUACGAGAAGGCUGUAUACUAAACCACAAAACCUCAACGAUGCGUAUGGGCCGCCGAGUAAUUUUCUAGAGAUUGAUGUUUCCAACCCCGAGACGGUUGGUGUCGGUCGGAACAGGUUCACGACAUAUGAGAUCAGACUGAAGACAAACCUCCCCAUAUUCAAGCUGAAGGAGUCACGUGUCCGGAGGAGAUACAGCGACUUUGAGUGGCUGAGAGGAGAGCUGGAGAGGGAAAGCAAGGUGGUAGUUCCUCCUCUUCCUGGAAAGGCUCUGUUCAGGCAGCUCCCAUUCCGUGGGGAUGAUGGUAUAUUUGACGACUCUUUCAUCGAGGAACGGCGGCAGGGCCUAGAACAUUUCCUCAACAAAGUGGCUGGUCAUCCAUUGGCCCAAAAUGAGCGCUGCCUGCACAUGUUCCUACAGGAUGAGUCCGUGGAUAAAAGCUACACCCCUUCCAAAAUUAGACAAGCCUGAACCGGUCUGGACUCUACACAUACACAAAAAAAAAAAAAAAAAACAUGACCCACAAGCAAUAAGAAAGGUUUGAAUCAUUCUUAACUGGAAAAGAAUCUUCGCAUGAACCAUAGGGCAUCCAAAACAUUUCCCUGCGCAGAACACGAGACGACAAAUAAUUGAAAAUGUACUAGAAUUAGUCAUUGUAUAUCUCUUCACUUUUCCAACAGUACGGUUUUAAUCUGUCCUUAUAGAUAGUUUUGGUCUCUCUGAUUUAUAAAUCCAUGAUGUUAAUAUUACCACUUUAAGUCCAAUCAAACACAUUCUUGUGUGUAAUUAAUUGUGGUUAAGAAUUAUUUAUGGUAGUUUUGUCUGAGAGCACCACUAGCUUUGAUAUUUGUAGUACAAGAUCAAACGAAACAAACCAAAUAACUAUAUCACAAUUAUGCAAGCACUAUAUCACACACAUUGGCAUCCCUGUUACUGUACUACCUACUUAUGUUGCUUUUAAUGCUGAAGAACACGUACAGAAGCUUACCGUGCAGGAUGCACUUAAUUGGGAACCUCCUUGAUCGUGUGCUGUGUGUCCCACUUAGCUGCAGACAAGUCUGUUUUUACUGUGUAAUGGUGUUACACAGAAACACAGAGAGUAAUGCCUACAUUGCAUGUUUCCAGAUUUGUAUACUGCUGUGCCAUUGUUUUGUUUAUGAGAAUUUUCCAAUAAAACGGAUCAAACACACGCACAUAUGAUGUGGUUUGAAAAACGAAA